CCCCCCUCAGCGCGGCCAGUCCCCUUCCCUCUUCAAUCGGUGCUCGAUUCUUUGCCGCCAGCGCUGAGCCAGGGAGAGAAGCAAGAUGGCGGACAAAACGCCAGGCGGGUCGCAGAAAACCAGUGCGAAGGUCAGACUGCCAGAUACGGUACAAACGACUGGAUCUGCCGAUAGUCACCCUCUUUUGGAAAACAAACUUAAAGCAUUCAGUAUUGGCAAAAUGAGUGCUGCCAAGAGGACUUUAAGUAAGAAGGAACAAGAGGAGUUAAAAAAGAAGGUAAUGGAGGAUGAGAAGGCAGCUGCAGAAAUUUAUGAAGAAUUCCUUGCUGCCUUUGAAGGAAGUGAUGGUAAUAAAGUGAAAACAUUUGUAAGAGGAGGAAUUGUUAAUGCGUCUAAAGAUGAACAUGAAACAGAUGAAAAACGAGGUAAAAUCUACAAACCUUCAGCACGAUUUUCAGAUCAAAAAAAUCAGCCAAAUCAGCCAUCCUCUAAUGAGAAGCCUCCAUCCCUUCUAAUGAUAGAAACCAAAAAGCCUCCUUUGAAGAAGGGGGAGAAAGAAAAGAAAAAGAGCAAUUUAGAACUCUUCAAAGAAGAACUAAAACAAAUUCAAGAGGAGCGUGAUGAAAGGCAUAAAACAAAAGGUAGAUUAAGUCGUUUUGAGCCACCCCAGUCAGAUUCAGAUGGCCAGCGCCGUUCCAUGGAUGCUCCUUCAAGAAGAAACAGAUCUUCUGGUGUACUGGAUGAUUACGCACCAGGUUCACAUGAUGUUGGAGAUCCAAGCACAACGAAUUUGUAUCUUGGAAACAUUAAUCCUCAGAUGAAUGAAGAGAUGUUAUGUCAAGAGUUUGGGCGUUUUGGACCAUUAGCUAGUGUUAAAAUUAUGUGGCCAAGAACCGAUGAGGAAAGAGCAAGAGAGAGGAACUGUGGUUUUGUUGCCUUUAUGAACAGGAGAGAUGCUGAACGAGCAUUAAAGAAUUUAAACGGCAAGAUGAUUAUGUCCUUUGAAAUGAAGCUAGGUUGGGGCAAAGCUGUACCGAUUCCACCACACCCAAUAUACAUUCCACCUUCCAUGAUGGAACACACCCUCCCACCACCUCCAUCAGGACUGCCUUUUAACGCUCAGCCUAGAGAGAGAUUGAAGAACCCUAAUGCUCCAAUGUUACCACCCCCAAAAAACAAGGAGGAUUUUGAGAAGACUCUGUCGCAAGCCAUAGUCAAAGUGGUUAUCCCAACAGAAAGGAAUUUGCUCGCAUUGAUACAUCGAAUGAUAGAGUUUGUGGUACGUGAAGGGCCUAUGUUUGAAGCCAUGAUCAUGAACCGAGAAAUCAACAAUCCAAUGUUCAGGUUUUUGUUUGAAAACCAGACUCCAGCCCAUGUAUAUUACAGAUGGAAGCUUUAUUCAAUUUUACAGGGAGACGCUCCAACGAAGUGGAGGACAGAAGACUUUCGUAUGUUCAAAAAUGGAUCAUUUUGGAGGCCACCACCAUUAAAUCCAUACCUGCAUGGGAUGUCAGAAGAGCAAGAAACUGAAGCAUUUGUAGAGGAACCUAACAAGAAGGGUGCACUUAAGGAGGAGCAGAGAGACAAAUUAGAGGAAAUCCUGCGUGGAUUAACGCCUCGUAAGAACGAUAUUGGCGAUGCAAUGGUUUUCUGUCUUAAUAAUGCUGAAGCUGCUGAAGAAAUUGUAGACUGCGUUACGGAGUCAUUGUCCAUUCUGAAGACUCCUCUUCCUAAAAAGAUUGCAAGAUUAUAUUUGGUGUCGGAUGUGUUAUACAACUCUUCAGCUAAAGUUGCCAAUGCUUCAUAUUAUAGAAAAUUUUUUGAAACAAAAUUAUGUCAGAUAUUUUCUGAUCUCAAUGCUACCUACCGUACAAUACAAGGCCAUUUACAGUCGGAAAAUUUCAAGCAACGGGUAAUGACAUGCUUCAGAGCAUGGGAAGACUGGGCGAUUUAUCCAGAACCCUUUUUGAUCAAACUGCAGAAUAUUUUCUUGGGGCUUGUAAAUAUUAUAGAAGAAAAAGAAAUAGAGGAAGUACCAGAUGAUCUUGAUGGAGCUCCCAUUGAGGAAGAGCUUGAUGGUGCACCACUGGAAGAUGUUGAUGGAAUUCCUAUUGAUACUGCUCCAAUAGAUGAUCUUGAUGGAAUCCCUAUUAAAUCGCUUGAUGAUGAUCUUGACGGUAUACCUUUGGAUACUUCUGAAGAGUCUAAAAAGAAUGAGCCCAUAUUCAAAGUUGCCCCUUCAAAAUGGGAAGCAGUGGAUGAAGCAGAAUUGGAAGCUCAGGCUGUUACAACUUCUAAAUGGGAGUUGUUUGACCAGCAUGAAGAAUCAGAAGAGGAAGAAAAUCAAAAUCAGGAAGAAGAAAGCGAAGAUGAGGAGGAUACUCAGAGUUCUAAAUCAGAGGAGCAGCAUAUGUACUCCAAUCCCAUCAAAGAAGAAAUGCCUGAAUCCAAGUCGUCAAUCAAGUACUCUGAAAUGAGUGAAGAAAAGCGCGCCAAACUCAGAGAAAUUGAGCUUAAGGUGAUGAAAUUUCAAGAUGAGUUGGAGUCUGGAAAAAGACCCAAGAAACCAGGCCAGAGUUUUCAGGAACAGGUUGAACACUACAGAGACAAACUUCUUCAGAGGUUGUUUUUAAUAACUCAGGAAAAAGAAAAGGAGCUGGAAAGAGAACGAGAGAGAGACAAGAAAGACAAGGAAAAAUCUGAAUCCAGAUCCAAAGACAAGAAGGAAAAAGAAGAAUGUACACCAACACGAAAAGAGAGGAAAAGACGACACAGUACAUCUCCCAGUCCGUCUCGCAGCAGUGGCAGUAGACGAGCAAAAUCCCCAUCACCAAAAUCGGAGCGCUCAGAGCGAUCUGAAAGAUCCCACAAAGAGACCUCACGUUCCAGGUCAUCUCACAAAGAUUCUCCUAGAGAUGUCAGUAAAAAAGCCAAAAGGUCACCAUCUGGCUCAAGGACACCCAAAAGAUCAAGAAGGUCACGAUCCAGGUCUCCUAAAAAGUCAGGGAAAAAAUCCAGGUCGCAGUCCCGUUCUCCACACAGAUCUCACAAGAAGUCAAAGAAAAGCAAACACUGACAAAAUGUUCAUAUUUUUUAUGAUGCUGUCACUUAUUGGAAAUGCGGUUUUGUUUUUGUGCCUGAACAGUCUGUUUAAAAAACAAACAAAAAAAUCAAACAAAAAAGCAUUCCUGAAUUUUUUGUGAAUGCAUGUGUAUACUCAUGAGUAACUGCAUCUGUAGACCUGUCAUUGUUUUAUAUUGUACAAAAUAUCUUCAUUGUGACUAUUUCCCCAAAUGAAACAUUUUUGUGUUUAGAGAUUUCAUCAGAAAUGUGUGUAUCUGAUCUGCUGGCAGUAGUGAUAUUUUUGUUUUAGAAUGUUGUGACAUAGCAAAAAUAACACAAAUGUUUUCCCCCUUUUUGUAGCUUUGACAAUUUGAAUUAGAUUUCAAAUAAAAUCUGAACAGAAAUUUAAAA